CGCCGCUUCGUUCCCCGGACCGUGCUUAACCUAAACCACAACCCGAGGUGGGCUCGGUACAUUCCAGAGGAAUCCAAAGACAGAAUUAUCUCAGGUGAAGAUGCACUCGGAAUGUUACUGAAGGCUUCACAGCUCUAUUGAAAUGACGGUAGUAAACAGUCAGAUCUCUUGACUGUGCUUCCAGAACCUGUUGAGUCAAAAUAUCAACACCUACUGGCUGUUCAGCAUCAAAGGGUGAAACUGCUUAGAAAUAGAGACCACCAACAAAGCACGUUCAAAUCAGAAGACAUGCUUUUUAAGACCUUGGGUUUCAUUCAGUGUUGCUUGAGCAGCUCACGGAUUUCUGUAGGAAGAGGUGUCUUGCCACUAAAGGACUGAUACCAAAAGGGGGCAGUUGUGUCUGUGUAUCCCGUAAAAGAAAACAAAAACAGCCUGAAGAAGUAUGAGCCAUUCUUUUCCCAGUCCAUUGGAAAUCCACUUGUUUUUAGAUGCUUGGAUGGCAUAUUCAUUGAUGGAAAUGACAAAGGAAUACCAAGAAUUAUAUUCAAAUCUUGCGCUGGGAGAGACCGACUUAUUCCUGAUAUUUCAAAAACAACGCCACUAAUGUGUUAUUAGGAAUUUGAUGUCUGCAGUUUGCCCUGUAAAACUGAAGCAAAUCUCCCAAACAUUGCCUACAGCUGCGACAAACAAAGCCAUCCAUUUCGAUGUGGUGUUCUUGUUGCACUUAGGGACAUCAAGCAAGGACAGCAGCUUUUGUCAAACUACGACAUGGUUAUCAGCUAA